CCAGGGUCUGAUGUGGGCAUGAGUGUAGAGGACGGGGGAGUGCCAGGCCUGGGCCGUCCCAGGCAGGCCCGCUGGAUUUUGAUGCUACUCCUGUCCACUGCCAUGUAUGGUGCCCAUGCACCAUUGUUGGCACUGUGCCAUGUGGAUGGCCGAGUGCCCUUCCGACCCUCCUCAGCUGUGCUGCUGACUGAGCUGACCAAGCUACUGUUGUGCGCCUUCUCCCUUCUGGUAGGCCGGCAAGCAUGGCCCCGGGGGGCCCCGCCCUGGCGCCAGGCUGCCCCCUUUGCACUACCAGCCUUGCUCUACGGCGCUAACAAUAACCUGGUGAUCUAUCUUCAACGAUACAUGGACCCCAGCACCUACCAGGUGCUGAGCAAUCUCAAGAUUGGAAGCACAGCCCUGUUCUACUGCCUCUGCCUCCGGCGCCGCCUCUCUGCACGCCAGGGCUUAGCACUGCUGCUGCUGAUGGCAGCGGGGGCCUGCUAUGCAGCUGGUGGCCUCCAGGACCCUGGGAGCACCCUCUCUGGGUCCCCUCCAGCAGCUAAGGCUGGCCCCAUGCCCCUGCAUAUCACUCCACUAGGACUGCUGCUCCUCAUCCUGUACUGCCUCAUCUCAGGCUUGUCCUCUGUGUACACAGAGCUGCUCAUGAAGCGACAGCGGCUGCCCCUGGCACUUCAGAACCUCUUCCUUUACACGUUCGGUGUGCUCCUGAAUCUAGGUCUGCAUGCAGGUGGCGGCCCCGGCCCAGGCCUCCUGGAGGGCUUCUCAGGAUGGGCAGCGCUCGUGGUGCUCAGCCAGGCACUGAAUGGACUGCUCAUGUCGGCUGUCAUGAAGCACGGCAGCAGCAUCACACGCCUCUUUGUGGUGUCCUGCUCGCUGGUGGUCAACGCCGUGCUCUCAGCAGCUCUGCUGCGGCUGCAGCUCCCAGCCGCCUUCUUCCUGGCCACUCUGCUCAUUGGCCUGGCAGUGCACCUGUACUAUGGCAGCCGCUAGCCCCUGACCACCUUGACUCCUGACCCUGGAGGUUGGGCAUUACCAUCAGAGCCACCUCCUAGCUCCCUUUCCCUCAGCAGCCCUGUAACAAGUGCCUUGUGAGAAAAGCUGGGGGAGUGAGAGCAACCAGAUGGGUGGAUGAAGGUGUACCCCUGAGAGACUUGUAGAGUGGGUUUGGUUAAGGAAACUGGAAACUCUUAAACAUCAUCCUCCCCUGCCCCCCGACCCCACGUUCUUCCAGACUAGGGAACUAAGGGAGCAUCAUACCUACACC